AACACUCAACUAGCUACUUAAUUAAGCCUCUAGGAAGUCGCCAGCAUGAAGAGGGUUUUAUCUGUAUUGCUUUUCAUCUUCUUAAUUUGCUGUAAAGCGCUUCCAUAUUCUUCUUCUGAAAGCACUCUGACCUCAAAAGCAACUGAUGGGUUUGGGAGCAAAGUUAUGAAAUCAAAGCCAAAAGGAGUGUAUGAAGCUCUUCAUUUGGGGAAUGUUGGAAAAGGAAAGGAAGUUUUUCAUCAGAUGAAGAAAGCGAACAAGGGAGUUUAUGGUGGUGGAGAUACGCUUCGUCCAAAGCGCAAGAAGGGUGGAGCAUCCUCCUCCUUAGUUCCUGAAUCUUCCUCUUUGGUGCUUUGGACUUUGGUGAUUGAGUUACUCUUUUUUCUGUUCAUUUGAAUGGUUAAGAUUGAUGGGCGUGUCGCACGAUAAAGAAAAGAAUGUCGAAAGAUGAUACGUUUAUACCAGUUUAUAGAUUCGAAUUAAUUUGCAUACUUAUGUUUAUAUGUCUCUUAGGGUUAAUUUGAGGGCAAGAAAGUGAAACUUUGUAAUUAAAUAAUCUGUUUCUGUCAAUUUUAAUCUUUCCUUAGCUAAAUGAAUGUUUUUCAAAGGUUUGCAAUUAAUGCAUGUGUGUUCUUAAUUUUACCUUUUUGUUAAUAAGGAA